AGGGAGCUCGCGGGCUCCUAGGCUCCACCGCGCCUUCCACCACCCGGCUGCUUGUUCAGACCUCCUUCUUGGAUCUCCAGCCUCAUCUCGGCUCGAAAUGGACCCCAACUGCUCCUGCAGCACUGGUGGCUCCUGUGCCUGCGCUGGCUCCUGCAAAUGCAAAGAGUGCAAAUGCACCUCCUGCAAGAAGAGCUGCUGUUCCUGUUGCCCUGUGGACUGUGCCAAGUGUGCCCAGGGCUGUGUCUGCAAAGGAGCAUCAGAUAAAUGCAGUUGCUGCGCCUGAUGUGUGGAGAGCCCUGCUCCCUGAUGUAAAUACCUCAAUGUGUAUAAACUUGGAUUUUUUUCAUAACCCCCUGACCCAUCUGCUACAUUCCUUCUAUGAAAUAUCUGAAUGAUAAUAAAAGUCUUUGGCUUCA